AUGUUAAAAUUUUCUUCCAAAAUAUUUUUUCUCCUCUAUGUUGUGGAUAUCACAUCGAGUUUCAACAUAAAUUUAGAAAUAAAACGAGAACUGCCAUCAUCUGUUGCAUUAUCAGAAAUUAUUGAAGAAUUCUAUAUAAGAAACGCUUUAGAUUUAGACAUAAUAACGUGUUCAAAUGACGUUGAAGGUACAAACUUGAUUGUUGAAUUCAUAUUGAGAAAUAUUCAAGAAUCAAUCAGUUAUCGAAUUGAAGAUUGCAAGAAUCUCAAAGAUUUGACUAAAAGAAGAUUUGUGUUGAUUAUCAUGGACCAUCUUAACACCGACCUUAUGAUCGAAGAAUUGACACCGGAUCGGUUUGAUUACAGUGGAUUUUAUUUGAUUUAUUACAUCGAUAACCAAAGUGACAUUGACAUUCUACAUUAUUUGUUCAAAAAGUUGUCUGAUUUAUUCAUUUACAAUGUGAACGUCAUUUGUAACGAUUCAAGCGGCAUUCAACUCAGAACAUUUUUCUUCUUCAACGAGAGAAGUUGCAACUCAACUUAUCCACUUGUCAUUAACAAAUUCGAGAAAAAUCGAUGGACAUCGAAAGAUUUCUUUCCACGGAAAAUGAGAAAUCUAUUUGGAUGUCCAUUGAAAGUCGCUACGUUCAUUUAUGAACCUGCAGUGAUCAUGCAAGGAUCUUACGAUGACAGCAAUUACACUCUUGUGGGAAGUGAAGUGGAAAUUCUAAAAGAAAUUGCAAACGUUUUGAAUUUUUCAAUUCAAUAUAGUUUUGAUCCAUCGCCAGGUGCAUGGGGAAGUUUAAAACCAAAUGGUACAGCUGCUGGUGCAUAUUUGAAAAUCAUAAAUAAGGAAGUUGACUUAAUGAUUGGAACUCUUUCAAAAACGGAAACGAAAAGUUAUUUCAUCUCGUUUUCAUCUAUAAUAACAUUUGAUUCUGUACUUGUGGUCAUUCCUCCUGGUGCACCGUUCAGUGCAUUUGAGAAUUUUGAUCCAUCGCCAGGUGCAUGGGGGAGAUUAAAACCAAAUGGUGAAGCUGCUGGUGCAUAUUUGAAAAUCAUAAAUAAGGAAGUUGAUUUAAUGAUUGGAGGUCUUACGAGAACUGUAGCGAAAAGUUAUUUCAUUUCGUUUUCAUCUACAAUAACAUUUGAUUCUGUACUUGUGGUCAUUCCUCCUGGUGCACCAUUCAGUGCAUUUGAGAAGUUGAUUCGACCUUUUGAUAAAUCAGUUUGGAUAUGUUUGAUGAUAAUUCUCUCACUUGGGUUCUUCAUUGUCAUUGCUGUGGCGUCGAAACCUCGAUCCUUGAUGAAAAGAAUUAUCAUAGGAAAGGAAGUGAAGAUGCCGGGAAUGAACAUAAUUGUGGCACUUGUUGGAGGAUCACAACAUAUUUUACCGAAAAGAUCAACACCGAGAAUGCUUUUGAUGUCAUUUUUGCUUUUCUGUCUGGUCAUUCGAACUCUUUACACAGCUGCACUUUUUAAAUUUCUUCAAUCAGAUAACAGCAAACCAACUCUUUCAUCCAUAAAAGAAGUCAUUGAUAAAGAAUUUAUGGUUUACAGUUAUGAUACGUUCUUUGAAAAUUACAACGAAAUGAAAAUUUUGAAAAGAAGUAAAGCCAUCAAUGCCAGUAUUUUCUAUGAAUAUUUGAUGAAAACACUUGAUCCCAAUUUCAAAGGCGUUACGCUCGGCAUGAUGUACAACACAAUUUACAUUAAUAUGAGAAGCAACAACACAUCGUUCCUGAAAGUUUUAAAUGAAAAGCUUUUAACUGUUUAUGCUUCGUGGGUUUAUCCGAAAAAUUCUUUUCUUGUUGAGUCCUUUAAUGAAAAGUUAGAAGCAUUUAGAGGAAAUGGAUUGAUAGAGUUCUUGAAACUUGAAUAUGUGGAUCCAAAAUAUCUUGUCGUAAAAGAACCGAAAAAUGGACCAAAGAAAUUAAAUCUGGAACAGCUUUGGGGUGGAUUUGGAUUAUGGAUAAUUGGAAAUAUUAUUGCGGUUCUUUUGUUUAUUCUUGAAGUUUCAUAUUUUGCUUUUAUGCGUAUUUAUCUCAAAUAUAGUUCAAAGCUGUAA